AUGCUUUUUGACUUUAUCAGGUCAGAUGUGAUUGAAAACGAGAAAGUCGUAAGGCUGUCUGAGAUGACGCAGUUACUUUUACAGUAUCUAAUGUCAUUAGGAACCAAGGAAUGUAAGCCAUCAACAAAGAAGCAUAUCAAAAGGAACUUAGAAGCAGAAUUCAAUGAGUUGAUCAGGUUUGAAAACUUGCUAGACAACAACCGUGUACAAGUCCUAAUCCCUAAUAGCCUAACACCAGUACAAAUCGUCAGAAAUGUACUAAAUAUCCUUAUGGCAGAAAAAGAAGACAAAGGCUCAACAACGAAGAACUCCAAUAUUCAGAAAGCUGCAGCUGACAUCCGCGAUGCCAUUGGAAACGAAGAGAACAAAAUGUCAUAGCCACCGCGCCCUUCAGAGCUCAAUGACAGCGCCAUAGAGGUCCUUGAAGAGCUAAGUGUGUUUUUGUAUACCUUGCUGACUGGCAACAAUGAUUCGUCAGAGGGAGAAUGUUGUCAAAGAGUCCAGCGGUUGAUAAAGUCGUUCGCGCAAGACCUAGUAUUUGGAGUAACCAGAGGGAGGAUUAAGCCACCUAAACAAAUUCUUCUCUCGUAUGCUGUAAAAACUCUCACAACCAAUGUUGAGCUGGUGUCUAUACUAAACCGUUAUGGUCAUGGUAUUUCUUAUUCCCAGCUUGAGGAAAUUGACACUGCUCUUUGUACGCAGAAAAUGGCAACAACAAUAGGUGAAAUUCCUCUACCUGCCAAUAUACAACAUCAUGUUAGUACCACAUUAGCAUAGGAUAAUAUUGACAGACUCGAAGAGACUCUUUCAGGUGAAGGCACUUCACACCGUGUAAACGGCAUAGCAGUACAGGCGAGACAUUUUGGUUCCCAUCCCCUCACUGAGCAGCCACCUGGGAUCACUAGAAGUAAGCAAAGGAGUGUUGAGCCACUUGAUGUUGUUGCUCCACCCAUUUACAAAGCAGGUGAGCGUCAAGGCCCUACGCCAAGAUCAUAUGUUGAAGUAAACGACCAGGAAGCGUUAGAAAAUGCCCGAAGAAAAAACCUUUUUUGGGUGUUAGUGCGAAUACAUGCACAGGUGAGCCAGAAAAUUAGUGGAUGGACUGGCUAUAGCAUUUUGGGGCGCAACGAAAUUGAGGCUCGUGAAGACAACAUCGGAUACCUCCCNAGCUCAAUGACAGCGCCAUAGAGGUCCUUGAAGAGCUAAGUGUGUUUUUGUAUACCUUGCUGACUGGCAACAAUGAUUCGUCAGAGGGAGAAUGUUGUCAAAGAGUCCAGCGGUUGAUAAAGUCGUUCGCGCAAGACCUAGUAUUUGGAGUAACCAGAGGGAGGAUUAAGCCACCUAAACAAAUUCUUCUCUCGUAUGCUGUAAAAACUCUCACAACCAAUGUUGAGCUGGUGUCUAUACUAAACCGUUAUGGUCAUGGUAUUUCUUAUUCCCAGCUUGAGGAAAUUGACACUGCUCUUUGUACGCAGAAAAUGGCAACAACAAUAGGUGAAAUUCCUCUACCUGCCAAUAUACAACAUCAUGUUAGUACCACAUUAGCAUAG